AUGAAGGCUUUCCCGCUGUCCUCUAGAACAGAUGGUCCCUUAUCAGAACAGGAAAAGAUGCAGAUGAUCGAAAGAGCUUCUAAGGCCUAUGGGGCAUUUAUGGAGGCCCUUGGAAUCGACUAUAAGGAGAAUCCCCACACCAUUGAUACACCUCUCAGAGUUUCAAAGGCAUGGGUCAAUGACAUUGCAGCUUCCCUAUACACUCCUCCUCCACAAAUUACUAUCUUCGAUAACACCCAAGGAUAUGAGGAUCUUCUUUUCCAUGGACCAAUUCCCAUUAAAUCAAUCUGCUCUCAUCAUCACUCUCCUUUUAUAGGAGAGGCCUAUGUAGCCUAUAUUCCGCAGAAAGAGGGAAAGAUAAUUGGGCUGAGCAAGCUGAACCGGAUUGUCGAGUUCCAUGCCCGGAUGCCCCAGUUGCAGGAAGACCUUACCCUAUCGAUAUGGACUUCGAUCGAUCAGUUCUGCAAGGGCAACCGCGGGGUUGCAUGUGUCGUUACAGCAGCCCACUUCUGCCUUUGCUCCCGGGGAGUCAACCACCAUGGAUGCAGGACAAGAACAUCGAAGCUGAGUGGAGACUUCAUUGAGAGGCCGGAGACAAAGCAAGAGUUCGACAGCUUCAUGGCGACCUCAAUAAAGAGCUUUCCAUACCCUAUGCAUUCUUCUCUCUGA